CUGGAAAAGUCACCUGGCUGAAAUGCAGGGGACUAUUAAUCUGCAGUCUCGACGGAAUGAGUGGCCUACGAUUCAUUGCACAAAGACGUCAGUAGUUCAUUAGGUCUCGUUUUUAUUGAUGGAUGUGACCAAGAAAUCCUUUGUGCGUCACUCCAGAUGCGUCGAACUGCUAAGCAACGGCCACUUCAAUCAAAUCCGAAGAGUCGAACGGUGACCAUUUGCGAACUGAUCCACGUGUGAAAUGUUGUAGGACCGAACUAACUGAUGAAACAUUGAGCAAGUUUUGAAAGUGUUUGAAUUUUGCUGUCCGGAGAAGCAACUAUAGUCGCUUUCUGUUUUUUAAAUCCUCAACAUGGCAUUUCCAGGUCCAAAUAAGGAUAUCAGGGCAGGAUGCAAGAAAUGUGGAUACCCGGGUCACUUGACAUUUGAGUGUCGUAAUUUUGUACGCGUGGAUCCCAAAAAGGACAUUGUUCUGGAUGUCAGCAGCACUAGUAGUGAAGACAGUGAUGAAGAAGAAGAGCAGGAGGGACUGGGAACUAAAAAGCUGCCGACGGGCACCAACAACAAGAAUUCAAAUGAAGAACCCAAGAAGGGACCGCAUAAAAAGAAAAGUAAGGAGAAGUCUUCCCAUAAAAAGUUAAGAAAGAGAUCGUGCUCAUCAAGUGACGAUGAAGAGGACCAUCAUAAGAAAAAGAAACAGAAAACCCACAAGAAGAAAAAGAAACAAGAAAAGAAACACAAGAAGGAAAAACGGCCCAAGAAGGAGGGAAAGAAAAGCAAAGAGAAAAGACGUUCAUCUUCAUCUUCCGACAGUUCCAUUGCUGCUUCUGACACCGACUGAAAGUAUUCAGCUGCAGAAUAGACACUGCCUUAGACAAACAAAAAUAAUCACACAGGCAUGAUUUCUCAUACAAUUCAGACAGCCUUCUGUAAUGCUUAAAAAAAGAAAGAAAAGAUCUUGCUUACUGUUGUGUAUUAUAUUAUGCUCCAAUAACAAUUAUAUUUUUUAAUACAAUCACAAUUUAUGCUCAUGGCCUUGGUCACUAAUCAACUGCUCCUGAAGCAAUUCCACUAUGCACGCCAAUCUCCAGUUAUAGUGUUGUGUCUGAAUAAAUAGGCCUCUCUCAA